AUGGAUUCAGUUUCUAUCGAGGAUAAAGUCAAAAUUGCAUCAGAUUUUCUGCUUUCCAGUCCACCUGGAGAAGUAAAUGAUGUCUUUAAUGAUGUGCGUACCUUGGUUGAUAACGACGAAGGACUCCAAGACGGUAUUUUGCAAGCACUCGAGCAAUACAACACAGAGCAGCAUAUUACAGUGACUCCUCCUGGAUUAGACCAUGAUGUGAUAAUAUCUAAAUACGGUAAAAUUGGACAAGACAGAUAUCUUGACCCUCGCUCCAAGCAAACCUUCAAAUUUGAUCAUAUGCGUUUGACCGCCUCAGAUGUAGAGGAAUACACAACUGAAAGCCAACUCGAGUCACUCAGAGCCGCUGUUGAAAAGGAGUGUUUGGCCUAUGUGAACGAUCAUUUUCCCAACGGUGUAUGUACCAUCCACUGCACAGACAACGAGAUCACUAUUGCAAUUGUUGACAACAAAUAUAACCCCAAUAACUUUUGGAAUGGAAGAUGGCUUGCUUCUUGGAUUUAUGAUACCCAGUCAAGCGAACUAAAAGGUACUACCAAGGUGAAUGUUCAUUACUAUGAAGACGGCAAUGUUCAGUUGAAUGCUGAGAAGAAUGUCAAUGUUGCAGUCUCCAAGGCAGAGGAUGUUGAACAGUUAGCGAAAUCCAUGAUCAAGGAGAUCUCCACUUUUGAUAGACAAUACCAUAGUUCCAUGAAUGAAAGCUACAACGAUCUUGCCGAGAACACUUUCAAGGGCUUGAGAAGAGCUUUGCCCAUGACCCGCAACAAGAUGGAUUGGAACAAGAUUUUGAAUUACAAGAUUGGCAGUGAGCUAUCUCAAAAAUAA